AUGACCGAUGAUGCUUUCAACCCUCCCACGCCCUUGCUGCCUUGUAGCAGCCGCGGGAGGGGAGAGGCAGGGCAGAGGGUGGUGCUUUGCUGGCGGGGUGCUCUGCUGGCGGGGUUCUCUACUGGCGGGGUUCUCUGCUGGCGGGGUUCUCUGCUGGCGGGGUUCUCUGCUGGCGGGGUUCUCUGCUGGCGGGGUUCUCUGCUGGCGGGGUUCUCUGCUGGCGGGGUUCUCUGCUGGCGGGGUUCUCUGCUGGCGGGGUUCUCUGCUGGCGGGGUUCUCUGCUGGCGGGGUUCUCUGCUGGCGGGGUUCUCUGCUGGCGGGGUUCUCUGCUGGCGGGGUUCUCUGCUGGCGGGGUUCUCUGCUGGCGGGGUUCUCUGCUGGCGGGGUUCUCUGCUGGCGGGGUUCUCUGCUAGUUGGGUGCUCUGCUGGCGGGGUGCUCUGCUGGCGGGGUUCUCUGCUGGCGGGGUUCUCUGCUGGCGGGGUUCUCUGCUGGCGGGGUGCUCUGCUGGCGGGGUUCUCUGCUGGCGGAGUUCUCUGCUGGCGGGGUUCUCUGCUGGCGGGGUUCUCUGCUGGCGGAGUUCUCUGCUGGCGGGGUUCUCUGCUGGCGGGGUUCUCUGCUGGCGGGGUUCUCUGCUGGCGGGGUUCUCUGCUGGCGGGGUGCUCGGCUGGCGUCUGGUCCUGGUGCCAGGUGCUGGCGUGACGGCGCUGGUGCCGGUGCUGCAUUCCGCCGCCACUCCCUUCCCCCUGUCCCUCUCCGCCCCACAGCGUUCCGCCGCCAAUCCCUUCCCUUCCUCCCUCUCCCACCCACAGCGACCGCCGCUGCACACGCGAACAGUUGCGACGGGGGGGGGGUGA